AUGCCCCGACGCAUAUCAGCUUCGCCGUCUACUCCAGAGUCGCAGCCGUUGCUGCAGGACUCUACAAAUCUCAAUGAAGCCAAUGUGGAGACUCCAAAUAACCGCUUCUCGUAUUUCCGGUUUGUGUUGCUUCUCGUUCUUUUCUUUGCCAUAGUUUGGUCGCUGAUCCUACUGCUCGAUAUGUUUGUUUCGGUGGGCCUCGACUCACAUCUAGGCUCGGGCUUUGAAAAUCUCUAUUUCUCGUUGAUUUCAAUUGCAAGUCUGACGCUUUCGAUUCUUUUUUACAGAGUCCCCAGCCAUAUGGAUGAAGUGUUUGGCAAAGUAACCGCUGGCCUCCUUGUUCUCGAUAUGGUAGUAAUCCUUGCUGUUGAACAUUUGAGGCGACAGUUAGGGCCCUUUACGCUGUGCCUGACUUUUGGGGGUGCAAUUGUUUCAGUUUUGCUGGGUGCCUACUCAAACGAAGUGAUUUAUUGGAAUAAACAAACCGCCAGGGAUCAAGCAGUGGCCGAGAGCACAUUGAGGCGAGGUGAGAGAAACACGUUCGGAGGCUUCCGCCAGUUCCUGCUUUCUUUUAUUGAUAGCAGUGCUCGCGCUAUUCUCCUCCUGGUGGUGCUUGUUGCCUCAAUUGGGCUCUAUAUUGACGGGUUCGAUGGUCAACUGACCCCUCUGGGCGACCUUGUAACUGUUGGAUCAGAACUCAAUGGGCGGUUCUACGCACCUCGAGUUCAUAUCUCCUGCACUCCAGCUGGCAAAGAUGGUCCAAUUGUUAUUGCUGAGGCCGGAGAGACCUCUGCAGAGGAGUUUUCUAACUGGAUUCUCGCUGCUGAAAAAAUUAAAGCAGUCUGCUACUGGGAUCGUCCUGGGCAUGGCUUCUCAGAGAAUGUCCCAAGUCCAGCAAACAUGGCCACCAUUACGUCUUUCUUGAAUGCCGCACUGGAGCAGGAAUUGCCAGAUUUCCGCAACGAGAGCAUUGUUUUGGUAGCUCAUGGUGUAGGUGGCCUGUAUGCCCGAGUUUUCGCAUCCCAACAUCCUGAACAAAUCACAGGAAUAAUGCUAGUUGAUGCCCUCCAUGAGGAGCAGUUUUACCGGAAACAAUCCUGGUAUUCUGGCCUGGGCCAUUUUAUCAAGGGUGUUUGGGACGCUUCUGGCGUCAACAAAGUAAUCGGAGUCUUUUUUGGUCAGGACUCUCAAGAUCGUAUCUAUGGUCUUUUCGAAGGACAGGAGACCCGUUUACAGCGCUCGUUGCUGCAAGAGCAAAUCAGUGCCUCACGUAGAACCAAAGUGGAUAUCGACCUUGCAACUUCAAACCUUCCGCGUGAUACGCCACUUUUGGUGGUCUCAGCCAAAGACCACAAAGACAAGCAAUGGUUCCAGUACCAGAGGCGUCUUCUCAAGCUUACUGACGAUGUUUUAGCCUGGAAGCUCCUUGAAGGGCCGCAUGAGAUUUGGCGAAAUCGUCGGUCAGCGCGAGAAUUGACCAAAUUGUUGACCAAUUUUGUUCGAUAUGGUACUGAUCCGCCCCAGUUUGUGUAA